AUGGGGGUUCACAAUAUCACUGGCAACGUCACGGACAUUUGGAACACCUGGAACUACACGAAUAUCGUCAAGCUUGUGUUUUUCAUCCUGGUGUGUUUGGCAACUUUGUUAUUGAACAGCGCAGUUAUGUUGGCUAUCAUACGUAACCGAUCUCUCCGGACACCCACGAACUACUUCUUGUUCUCGCUGUCCAUAGCUGACAUUCUUACCGCUUUGCUAACCUUGCCCGGUCACUUACUUGGUGAGUUUGAGGUAUUGCACGGCCACGAACUCGCUUGCGUCGCCGUCAACUCGCCGACGUUCGUGUUGCCCUGCGCCGCCUUGCUCAGCCUGGUCGCCGCCAGCGUCGAACGUUACAUCGCCUUGAUCUAUCCGCUCCGCUAUCCAACGCUCGUCUCCUCCCGGAAAAUCAUCACGGUCAUUGUCGCCGUGUGGUUGUACGCCUUGCUACUCGGCAUUCUCCCUAUAGCAGGGGUGAACAACAUUCGGGAGAGAGCGGCAAUGAAUCAUGUUCUCCCGGCUUGCAACUUGCUGAGGGUCACCCCGGGAAAGUACAUGGGGUUUGUGACGCUCUCAACAUACAUUCCUGGGAUGCUCGUGCUAGCCUACGUCAACUUCCGGGUGUUCCGAAUCGCGCACAAACAGCGCCGUCUGGUGGCCGCGCAGUACAGUCAGGUCCAAGGCGCCGUUCUGCCGGAAACUAAACGUAAGGUCGUGAUAUUCGUCUUAUUCGUCCUCGGCCACGUUUACGUAGCCUCUCACUUGCCGAUUCUCAUAGCGAUGGCGAUCGACUAUCGGUUCUACCAGAUAAAUAUCGUAACAGAGGUACACGUUCCAUUUGAGAUCUACGUUCUGUCGACUUGCUUGUUGGUCCUCUGUCCCAUUGCCUACCCUCUUAUUAUGGCCUACGGGAAUCGGGAUGUCCGGGCUGCGGUCCGCCGUCUGUGCGCACGUCGGAACCAGGAAAGACAACUGUGGGAGACAACUGUGACUGAAUUUCGAGUACCGGUAAUGAAUUCCACUGUUCAACCGCAAGUAAAGUACAUUACAGAGAUGGCCACAAGAUUACCUUCGUGA